GGUGCGGAAGCUGGAUGUCUUUCUCUUGACUUUUGGGUGUAUCUCGCAAGAUACCUCGACCAAACCAACAUCAGCUCCGCAUACGUCUCUGGCAUGAAAGAAGACUUGCAACUCAACGGCAACGAGUUAAACUAUUUCCUCACCUUCUUCAGCAUCUCCUACUGUCUCAUGCUCAUCCCCUCCCAGGUAAUCAUCACGUACGUUCGUCCCAGCUACUGGCUUCCAGGGCUCGAGAUUGGAUGGGGUUUCGUGACCGCUCUCAUUGCCUUCGCCCAGAAUGCUUACCAAGUCUACGCCUUGCGAGUCUUGCUCGGCUUGUUUGAAAGCAGUGCGUGGCCGGGCAUGAUGACCCUUUUCAUGUACUGGUACACUCCCCUAGAACUCGCUAAGCGCAUGGGCUUUUACCAUUCUUGUCAGGCAUUGGGGUCGAUGAUGUCUGGGGCAUUACAGGUUGCGGUGCUCGAGUCUCUUGAAGGCAAAUGGGGACUUGGGGGUUGGCGAUGGCUCUUUAUAAUAAACGGUCUCCUAACUCUCCUGAUCGGAUUCACCGGUUUCUUCCUCAUCCCGGACUACCCCCGCUCCCCCAAUCCACGCUGCCUCAAAGCCUCUCCUCAAACACUCUCUUGCUCUUCAACUCCUUCCCUGAGCUUCGGCUGGCUCACCCCAGCACACAUCCAAGCCGCCGAGGACCGCCUCAAACGACACGGCCGAACCGACUCCAAAAAGAUCACUUGGCGCGCCGCCAAGCGUACCUUUAGGUCAUGGAUCUCCUACUUCAUUCCGGCACUGUAUGUUGCUUCGGUGUUGGCGCCUUAUGGGUACAAUUAUUUUAAUCUUUUCUUGAAGGAGCUAAAAGACCAGAAUGGGAGGCCGAGGUGGAGCGUUGAGCAGGUGAAUGCAAUUCCGAUUGCGGGAAAUGGGGUGAAUGUGGUGUUUGUUUGGAUUUGGGCGAUUUUAUCGGAUCUGUUGCAGACUCGGUGGACGCUGUUGGUUGCUCAAGGCGUGAUUGGACUGAUUCCAUGCAUCAUCAUGAGCAUCUGGACCUCUCACCCGGAUACCACACCAGUUUCUGCUGCCUACGCCAGUUACUUCAUGACUUAUAUGAGUCUAGGAACAGCGCCACUGAUUAUGUCUUGGCUGUCUGAUAUACUGCCGCAAGACUCAGAGGCUCGCACCUUGAUAGUCGGGUACUCCAUAGCCGGGGUCUACGCCAUCUUGACCUGGUCUCAGGUUCUCAUAUGGCCUGCUUCACAGGCUCCUUACUACCACUAUGCCUGGCAAAUAUCCAUCGUGCUUUGGAUACUCGUCAUCAUCAUGUGUUGGAUGCUGAACAUUAUCGAUGUUCGAAUUUUACUGUGA